CUGAGAGGUGGAAACAGAAAAUAGAGAUUGUCGUUCUCGUUAUUAUAGUUAUAGUAGGUUUGAGUUGUCACAAUGGUGAAUUAUUGUGUUUGUUUUGGAUGCAACAACUCCAACUUGUCUGGCCAUCGGGUCCACCGAUUUCCAAACAAGAAACACAAAGAUUUCCGUGCUUGGAUACGUUUCGUCCAGGCAAAGAGAAGCAAUUUCGCUGCCUCCUCGUUGACAAGACACACGGUGGUAUGUGAAAAACACUUCACACCGGACAGCUACAACCAAGGAGAUCUUAUGGAAUUUCGCAUGGGAUUUCGACGAAAAGAGUGGGUUAGGCUGGCAAAUGGAGCUGUGCCAUCGGUGCAUGCAGGUCCACCUGCAAAAUCUGGCGGGAGUGAAGAGUCUAACGUUAAUGUUAGCACUAGGAGAGAAUCUGCGCGUCGAAAAAGGGAGCUUUGCACAAUUUUGGGAGAGAGUGCUGCCAGCAAAGACGGGGGCGGUGCAACUGCCACUUCAGAUCCUGAAGAUGAUGGAGAUGGAGACAUCUCUACAAUGGACCCUGAGCCAGAAGUGGUCCAUCGUGGAUCACAGUGCAACAUAAGAUGUUUACAUCGUUCAUUAGGUGUUCAGGAAAAGCCUCAGAUGGUGGAUGUGGGGACUCCACUGGCCAGUCCUGAACAAAGUGAUGAUGAAUGGUCAUUUUCUGAUAUCAUCAACCAUUCUGGUGAUAUGUCAUGGAGUCCAGGGGAGGAGAUGUUGAGCGAGUCCUCUGAGGAGGAACCAGAAGAGCUGGAAUCUCUCACUGACCCAAAUGCUGUUGACAAGUUCAUUGUUUGCCAGAGGCAGUUGCUGUCCUUGUUCACGGUUUGCUCUGCAUGCUUCGGGGAAACCCAGGGACACAUAAUGCACCCGGAAGGAACUUUCAUAAAAGUCAAGCAGGCCUGCGGAACUUGUGGUUAUGAGCGUUACUGGCAAAACCAAGAGAAGGUGCAUCGAAACAUGCCUGCCUGCAACCUUUUACUCAGCGGUGCCAUCCACUUCUCAGGUUGCAUGGCUUCUCAGACAAUCAGGAUGCUGAAGCUGUUUGGACUGCAGUGCAUAAGUCCUGGCACUUUUUUCUGCCAUCAGCGCUAUUACUCUAUCCCUACCAUCAUGCAGGCCUGGAGGAAUGAGUUAUCACUUAAAAGUAUCGAUACUAAUAAAAUUAGUUUUUUUUUCUUUUUUUCUCAAUUUCAGGAAAUGAUGACAGAAUGAAUAUGGCUGAAAACUAAUGCAGUCUUGUAUAGCAGACCAAAAUGUUAUAGAUUGAUAACAGCAUUACAUAUUGUUUGCAAAAAAAUAAUUGCAAAGAUGAGUCAUUGUCUUAGACCCAUUUGAACUGAAAACAUUAAUGUCAUAUAUUUAUGUUGCAUUUCACUGCAUUGGGUUAGCUUUGGAGACCUAAUGUUCUAACUACUUAUCUCGUACAGACUUCUCUUGGCAGCCCUACAUUUCAAUAGUAAUGGCAACAGAGAUGUAGCGCGAACUAGUGAGGGUGAGGGACGCUACGCUGUUCGCUACCCAUGGUUUCGGAAAGGUGGCUGGGUAGUACACCCCAUCAAGGAGAAACCAU